AUGAUUGAGGUCACCGGUGACUCUAUGGCCGAGAAGGCAGAUGCCCUCUCGGCCAGAAUAAAGGAGAUCUUCCGGGAUACGGGGGUCAUCGUUCGCCGCCCGGCGCGCAAGGGUGACUUGCGCGUCUCGGGAUUUGAUGACUCCGUAUCACCGGAGGAAUUGAAGGCGGCCCUGGCGUCGGCCGGAAAUUGCCGGGAGGCAGAAAUCCGUUUGGGCAAAGCCCGGACUCUGCUUUCUGGCGUAAGAGGAGUCUGGGUGCAGUGCCCCGUGGCUGUUGCAAAGAAAUUGGCAACAGCCCGCACUGUCAAAGUGGGGUGUUGCGUCCUGAACGGUGCCUUCUGGAUACCGGACAAACUUCAGGAGUACGGAGCCAAGCCCCGGCAGUACGCAGCUUUGGCUAGGUGA